AUAUAAUCCAUCAUAAUUGACAUGAAUAACACUGUGAAAGAAGAAAUUUACAAUGCAUUGAAUGAACUCCUUGUGAAACAAUUAAAAGAAUUUAAAUGGAGACUAAAUUCUAUUGAUUAUAAUGGAAGGCCAAACAUUUCUACAGCUUCACUGGAGAAAGCAGAGGCACAAAAUGUUGUAGAUCUCCUGAUUCAACAUUAUGGAGAAGAUGCUCUAGAGGUGUGCAUUAUUGUCCUUCGAAAAUGCAACAGAAAUGAUCUUGCAGAAAAACUUGAAGAAAUUGGACAGAAAGUUGCAGAUGUUGAUGCUCACCAACUUCCAGAUUCAUCAGAAUACAGAGAUUACAUAAAAAACAAAUUCGAAACAAUACAAGAUCCUAAUGCUGUUCCAGGUGAAUAUGUGCUCUUCAAUCAGAGAUACUCAAAGCUAAUGAUCCUAGAUUAUCACCCAUCCAAAGAGGAGAGAGAACAUGAAAUUCUUGCUAUAGGAUGGAAACAUGAUGAAAUCAUCAGCAAAAGAGCUGAGUCUUCCACCAGUAUUGAAGCAUUAUUUAACCCUGAUAAAUGUGGAUUAAUUCCACAAGUUGUUGUACUACAAGGAGCUGCAGGAAUUGGAAAAACCAUAAUGUCAAAAAAAAUCAUGCUUGAUUGGGCUUCUCAACAUCUUUACCAGGACAAAUUUAAUUAUGUUUUCUAUAUUUGCUGUAGAAAGAUGAAUCUCCAUGCAGAGGUAGAGAAGAGCAUUGCAGAGAUAAUUUCAGAAGGAUGGCUCGAGCAUAAAUCGAAAAAUGUCAUUCAAAAUAUACUGAAAAAUGAAGAAAAGCUUCUAUUCAUAAUUGAUGGGUUUGAUGAAUUAAGAUAUUCCUUUGAUCAGCCUGAAAACUACUUUUGCACUGAUCCCUGGAAGAAGGAACCAGUGAGAAUUCUUUUGAACAGCUUAUUUCAAAAAAAGCUUUUUCGUAAAUCCUCUCUUAUAAUCACAACAAGACCAACUGCUUUGAAGAAACUCCAUCAAUGUUUAGAGCGCCCAGGCUAUUUUGAGAUACUGGGAUUUUCUACAAAGGAAAGAGAAGAAUAUUUCUACAAUUUUUUUGGAAAUAAAGAUCAAGCAACUCAAGUUCUCAGAUUUGUUAAACAAAAUUAUACGCUUUUCAUCAUGUGUGUCAUUCCCCUUGUGAGCUGGAUCAUCUGUACAGUAAUGAAACAGGAGAUGGAGAGAGGCAAAGAUCUUCAGAAGACACCAUACACCCUCACUGAAAUCUAUAUGCUGUAUCUCUCCAGUUUGUUAAAGUAUCACCAUAAAGAAUCCACCAUAAAGGAUGUCCAAACCAAUGUGAAAGGCUUAUGCUCUUUGGCUGAAGAAGGAAUCCGCAAACGGCAAAUACUAUUUAUGGAGGAAGAAGUCAAGAAGCACAUUUUAGAUCAGGGAAACUCCCUCCCCCUUUUUCUGAAUGAGAGCAUCUUCAAAAGGGACAUUGAUUGUAUUCAAACCUACAGCUUCAUUCACUUAAGCUUCCAGGAGUUUUUUGCUGCUCUGUUUUAUGUCCUAGAAGAAGAAGGAGAUGAGCAGCAUUCUCAAAAUCUGAAUAAAAAUUUGCAGACAUUAUUAGAAACAAAUACAUCUUUUAAGACUGAUUUUGAAGUAGGAUUUCACUUCCUCUUUGGUUUUUUAAAUGAAGAAAAUAGAAUGAGAGAGUUGAAAAAAGAAUUUGGAUGGGAAAUUUCUCCUAAGAGUAAAGAAUUCAUGCAAGACUGGGUGAAAAAUAAUCUUAAAAAAGAUAGUUAUGGUUUCGGAGAGCUAACAGAAAUGUUCAGUUAUUUAUAUGAGACACAAAAUGACAAUUUUCUAAAAAAUGCACUAAGUGGCAUAACUAAAAUGGAUUUUGAUUGCCGCUCUGAUAUGGAAUUGAUGAAGCUCAGCUAUUGUAUACAACACUUCCAGAAUUUAAAGGAACUAUCUGUUAAAUAUUUUGAUAUUCCAAAAAAUGAGUAA